AUGGAUACAGCUAUUGGUGCUUUAACAGUAGUACAAAUAUAUAACAGUUUCUUUUUGUUGUUUGUUUUCAGUCCCUACAGUUUGGAUCCAUUCCUCACACGGGACUUUAGCAGCUUUUCUUCCCUGGAUGGCCAAGUUUUUGAAGAUCUACAUGUAGCUGAAUUAGAUUUUGACUUAAUUAAGAACAAAGAAAAUGUCUCCAGUCGUUCCAACAGCCCUAUCUGCACCCCAAGCUCUGGGAAUUCUGAUGCUGGAGAGCCCUGCUUUCCAUUAGAUAUUCAUAUAGACAGCUGUUGUACUGACUUACAAUCACUGAAUAGCUCUGAUUUGCUACUUCCUGCAAACAUACUGGGAGAACCCUCCAUUACAGGUGAACUUGACUGGGAGACUUUUGAUUGGACAAAUGAACUGCCUGCAUCUGAGCUUGACUCUAGUGUGUCUAAUGACAGUUGUGAUGUUAAUACAAACUUACCAUGUUCCCCUGUAUCUCACUUAAAAUGUUCCAGAUCUCCUAAACCUCUUCUGUCAUCUUCAAAGUCAUGGUCUCGAAUGUCGGCUGAAGAACAGCUUGCCACAAUUGAAGCUCUGACUAAUAUAAUAAGUCAGAAGAUGGGCCUUCGAGAACAGUUAGAGGUGAUUCGUAUCAUUGACCCACGAGCUGUUGUUUCUCCUGCUGAUACAGAAUUUGUGAUAGAUCUUGGAUGCUUAAAUGACACUAAACUGCAAAGACUACGUGAGCAUGUUAGAAAGUAUGCACUAGAUAUUCCAUGCACGUCAAAUGUCCCAUCAGUAAAUUCUGACCACAGUACCAGUAGUUCCCAGUGUUCAACAUCAUCACGGAACAUUUCAAAGAAAGAAGCAAAAGAGAGAAGAAAAUUUCAAAAAGCAUGGAAACAGAAACAAAGAAAAGAACACCGGCAGCGUUUGAAAGAACGGAAAAGUGGUCUUUUUAUACGUGAAGAAAUCCUUUCUUUAAGUACACCAGAGCUUCUGGAGGAAGAAGAAGAAGAAGACAUAGAAAUUUUAGCAUGAUGUUGACUCAUUCAUCUGUAGUCUUAUAAACUUUGUUUAAUUGAAGAAAAAUGAUUUUGUACAUGAAAAAAGAGGCAGGAGUUGGAAUUGUACAUGUCAACUGCAUUACUCAAAAACAUUUGUUUUUUUUAAAUGGUUUCUUUAAACACAUCAGUUAGUGUAUACAUUAUUAUUAUACACAAUAGUGUAAAUGUUAUCUUAAAGAUACAUUCAAAAGAGUUUUGAUUUUUAGAAUGUAUAAAACUUCAUAAGAAGGUAAUUCUCAUAGUGUAUUCUUCUAUCUGAAGUAGUUAGAUCCUAAAACUCGCAUAUAUUGUAUGUUAAAUGUAAAAAAGCAUAAUAUCUCAUAAAUGUCUGGAAAAAAUGAACUGUUUUUUAUUAUAUCAAAAAUAUUUAAAGGAUACUUGCAACAAGGGUGAUGGUAUGAAGUAUAUUGUAUUAAGAAAAACUUAAAAAGACUAACUUUUCUGAAAUUAUUAAAAGUACUUAAUUUCAGUAAAACAGUUGCAUUAUGAAGAUUGUUUUUUUAGCAUUUAGAUCUUUACCAAAUGUUUUAAUUCAUUCAUCUUUAAUAAACGAAGAGGAUGACUUUAAAAUGGUUGAAUGUCCUGCAGUAGCAUCUUUUAAAUAUUAAUAUUUCUAUAUUUGUCUGUUUUUUUAUAUUGCCUUAAUACAUGUGCUACACAAGAGGUCCCUUGAGAUGAAGAGCUAACUAGCAUGUGCAAUCCUCCAGAUGUAUUUCAGGUUAUUUGGAGCACAUUAAUCAUUACUCAGCUAACAGUAAGUGAUUAUAAAAUUUGAAUUAAAAACUCCACACGUCCUUCUGUCCUUGACGCAAUGUUAGGCAGUUUCUCUUAUUUAAAUGACAAAAGUUUGUAUUGAUAACUGAUAAAGGUAUAGAAAACAUUUUUUUUUGUCUUAUGGUGACAGUUGCUAAAAUAAUAGGUGGGUAUUUGACCUUUCAUGCCUAACAUUACAGUAUUUGUAAACUUUUUUUUUAUGGGAACAUCACAAGUAAUAAAUGCACAAGUCAUUUUUAGUAAGUCGUAUUUUUUUGUAUGUAACUAAACCUAAAGAAAAAAAACAGUCGUUUUUUUAUCUUGAAGCGAUGAAAUGAAUUUCAUCAGUGCCUUGAGUAAUAUAGGAGGCACAUGCUGUUACUUGAGUAAAUGCACUAAUAUUAUUUUUAUUUAACAAAUGAGAGGUCUCCGAAAUAAAAUAUCUUUUGUAUAUUAGUUUUCGACUCCUGCCUAUAUGUAAUAAAAGAAUAUUUGGGUCCACAGUGCAGUAUUUUUCUCGGGUUUUUUUUUCUAUGAAAUUGGAUAUUGUACCCCAGCAGAGUAGUCACGUGUAUCUCAAUUGGUACACGCAUGGAAAAACGUGUUUUAUAAGGUGUUUUGAGUAAAAUUACGUACAGAAUAAAGAUAACUUUUUACUACCA